CACUAAGUUUGACACGACUAGAAAAACUGCAGACUUUUCAGCCUACAAGCCGAACAUCGGAUAUGAUGGUAGACCCACCUGGAAGGAUUUGUAUGAGCACGGACUUUACGAUAACGAUAAUGGAAUACAGUUCUACGGAAUUGACACAAGGUGUGCCCGGUCAAGGUAUCCUUACUCAGCUGUAGCAUCCACGCAAGGCACGGACAAGACUUAUUACGGGGCAGGAAAGACAUUCAGGGUUGACCGAGGUCACCUGAAUCCUUCAGGGAUGAACAGCAACAAUGUCAACAGAAUGAUAGCGAGUCUCACUUACACCAAUAUAGUGCCACAAUUUUCUGAUCUCAAUCAAAAAGCCUGGCGACUGGCAGAAAUCGCCAUUCGGGACCAGUUUGUGGGGAAAAAAUGCGACCCCAAGAGUACUUACCUAUUUACUGGCACCGUGCCCUCACAAAUGUAUCUAGGCUAUAACGCGCAUGAUGUUGACACGGAAAAGGACAAAAUGCCAAAAAAUACAUACCCCGACAUUUGCAGGGAAGGAAAUAUUUUUUGUAAUACGAAAUACAAAGUAAAUAUUCCAGCGUACAUGUGGACUGCGGGCGCAUGCUAUGACUUGACAGGAAAUUGUGCGACGUUUUCGGUUGUGGCUAAGAAUGACGGUCACGAGAAUUCUGUAGGGUUUUACAACCUCGACACUUUGGAAAAAUUUCUUGGUGCCAAAUCCUUGACUUUAAGCACCUGCUGGACAAACAAGAACUAUGAUGAGGAUUACAUUUUCAAUAGUUUUCACCGGCAAAGACAAGAAGGUCAGAAACUAAUCGACCGCGCUAGCAACGUAAUCGUUAAGCUUUUUCCUGGGUGUACCAAAGAAAAUACUGAUUAUUCACAAGCACUUGUAAAUUACUUCAAGAGCAGAGGUUGGUCCCAUUUCCUGCACAGUUAUAUUACUCCUUACGUUGAUAAGAAACGACAGCAGAUGUGGCAAAAUUUGGAAGCCACGAAGAAAAAUUUCCCAAAUUUCGCUAAGGUUUUAGAGGAUAUACAGAUGGCAAUCGACGACCUAGAUACCAUUGUGGAAAGCGAUUUAACAGCCACACCGCUGUCUAACUGCAAUUUUAACUGAUUAUCAAGUAGUUUAUUCUGGAAAAAGUCGAUUUUAUACUCGUGACGGCAAGAUUCAUAUUAUUUAUUGGAUUACAAAGCAGUACAUAGGUACAGUAGACACCAGCGAACUAGGAACAUUAGUUUACAUCUAUUAUCUCAUUAGGAUACCUCUCAAUGGUUCUGACUGAGCCAUAGAAAUUAAAAAGCUCAGAAUAUAGAAAGAACUUUGAAAAGAGAAUUUUGUAAGUAAUAUUACUGCAAUUUGUUACAUAGUCAGAGGGAGAGCUUGAAGUUGACUGCCACUAGAUGACACUUGGGUGAUAAUUAGAUCGUUUAAUGUUUCCUUCAAACAGAUUUUACGUUGUUAGCACUCGGUUUUUGUGCCGAAAAUCGUACGCGCGAAGGCAAAAGUCGAAAAUAUGCAAAUGAGAGAAAGAAGGAAGAGGGAAUAAAGCAAGGGGCGUUUCCUUCAUCGGUUGCCGCUCGCUUUUUGCUCGAUAUGAUCGCAUUCGUUUUUUCCCAUCGCACACUAGGAAACGAAAGAUACUGCAUGCGGUCUACAUAGAUUUCUAUGGAUGUUCUCAUCGCUAAGGCAUGUCAAUUCGUCUCCAAUUUUAGAGAUGUCACGAAAAAAUAACCCUUUUAGACUUGGGUUUUUUUUGGGCGUGCUGGGACUGAUGGGCACCUCUACACGUACACCUGAUUCAAAUUUGUUAAGUAAUGUCAGCAAUAGAGCAUACCUACAACUUCAUAUUAAAACAAUUUAAGCAAUUGAAGCUUAAAUUAAGGAAAGCAAUAACGGAUGAAAACUAGACUGAACGGUGUUAAAGAUUUUGUUUUCCAUGCGAAAGGCUUUAUAAGUGAGAAAUAAAUGUCUACAUCAGAUUGUUCCUAGAUGAAUUUUGGGAAAGUCAGCCAAUUGGAGCACUGUUAUUUAAAGCGUCAAAGGCGGAGAGGAGUCACCUAGCCUUCCCCCUCCCGUCAUCUUGUUGGUUUAGAGGUAAAGGUUACGAAGAAAACGAAAAAAAAUAGGAAAAGGUGCACGACAAAAUGGUCACAGACCUGCAGCGCUGGAGUGAAAUUUGACUAACCAUAAAAUAGCCAAUAGUCUUUCACUUUUAGGUCAUCACAUUAGAAACUCGGUCACUUAAUGUCAGUGGUCAUAUAUCCCAAGUCAUCACCAACCAAUAGCAAGCCUACAUCUCAUCGUAUUAAAUAACGUCAGGUUUUGUUAACUGCGAACUUUAGCCGAGAAAAGAACAUUGUGUGUGAACUCUCCUAGCUGUUAGACUAAGGUUAAACGACUCGGUCUAAUUUUCAACAGGAUUAUUUUACUCUAUCCAGAUUUCGGUAAGUUAAUAAACGUUGUAUUCUUUAUUCUAAGUUGUAUGGGAAGCUUAUCGCCAGUACUGACUGUGUUCUUCAAUUUACUGUCCAUUGACCAGACCUUCAUUCUGUCGUGUAAAUUAAGCUGGGUAACCAGAAUAAGAAAUAUUUGUUACUGAAGAUCAUUUAGUUUAAUUUUUGGACUUUGCCUAUGUUUUUGAACUCUCCAGCUAUUUAUUAAAAACUCGAUUUCUAGGAAUCUUUGAUUUCGAUCUUAAACCGAGAAUUUAAACGUAAUCAAUUUUAAUAACAACUCAUUGUAAAACGCACUAUAACUAGAUACUUUAUUAAUUAUUUCUGUUUUAACUAAACCCAUGUCUUCCGUUAAUUUGUAAGUUAGUUUCCUACAACCAGCGUUAUCAAAAACCCAUUGAACGAUUCAUCAUUUAAAACAAGGAAGAAUAAAACUCCUAACAUCACUA